GCGCCGGCUCCCCGGCUGUCAAGCGCGCGGCCGCGACGGCGCGAGGAGGCAAGCGAGACGAAGGAGCCGGGGGCCGGGCAGCCGCUGCCGCCGCCGCCGCCUCGGGGCCUAGGUGAAUGCCUCUUCCAUCCUCCGACCCGCGUGCCUUGUUCGCGUCUGAGGAGGCAGGGUCCCCUCGCCUCUCACCGCGCUCGGGGGCAGGUGUUAAUGGAGGGAAAGUCUCGGCUUUGGCCGCCGCGCCGGCUUCGGGCGCAUCCCAGGUACCAGAGGGAGAUCCAAUCCCUCUGUGGAACUUCUAAACAUCUUCUAUUAGUGGAAACAUUAUUUUCUGCACCAUGAAGUCAGCAUCUUAAUUGAAACCAGCAUUCGUGUGCUUCUGAUUCAUCUGCUAUGGUUCAUGAAGCUUGAUAUCUAAGGCGUCCAGGGUCCUUUGCGAUGACAAUAUGACUAAUAGUAAAGGAAGAUCUAUUAGUAAUAAAACAAGCGGUGGAUCAAGUAGUGGAGGAGGUUUUGUAGACUGGACUUUAAGUUUAAAUACAAUUCAGUCUGAUAAGUUUUUAAGCUUACUGUUGAGUAUGGUUCCAGUAAUUUACCAGAAAAACCAGGAAGACAGGCACAAAAAAGGGAACGGCAUUUGGCAAGAUGGGCUGUCACCUGCAGCGCAGACAUUCAGUAAUAGAUCUGAACAGCACAUGGAAUAUCACGGUUUCUCGGAGCAGCCCUUUCAUGGCAACAGUGGGCACACGCCAUCAAGCUGUAGCCAAAAGUAUGACGACUAUGCCAACUACAAUUACUGUGAUGGAAGGGAGGUGUCAGAAACUACGGCCAUGUUACAAGAUGAAGAUGGAGCUGGUGACGGUGAUGAAGACGUCCUUGUGGAAGCAAACCGGAAGUUACCAAAGGAAUCCAGUGGUGUCAUGGCGUUGCAGAUACUUGUGCCGUUUCUGCUGGCCGGUUUUGGAACAGUUUCAGCAGGCAUGGUUUUGGAUAUAGUCCAGCAUUGGGAGGUGUUCAAAAAAGUAACAGAAGUUUUCAUUUUAGUUCCUGCACUUCUUGGUCUCAAAGGGAACUUGGAAAUGACAUUGGCAUCCAGAUUAUCUACUGCAGUAAAUAUUGGGAAGAUGGAUUCACCCAUUGAAAAAUGGAACCUAAUAAUUGGCAACUUGGCUUUAAAACAGGUUCAAGCAACAGUAGUUGGCUUUCUAGCAGCUGUGGCAGCAAUUAUACUGGGCUGGAUUCCAGAGGGAAAAUACUAUCUUGAUCAUUCCAUACUUUUGUGCUCUAGCAGUGUAGCAACUGCCUUCAUUGCAUCUCUUCUGCAGGGAAUAAUAAUGGUUGGGGUUAUCGUUGGUUCAAAGAAGACUGGUAUAAAUCCUGAUAAUGUUGCUACACCCAUUGCUGCUAGUUUUGGGGACCUUAUAACUCUUGCCAUAUUAGCUUGGAUAAGUCAGGGCUUGUACUCCUGUCUUGAGACCUACUACUACAUUUCUCCAUUAGUUGGUGUCUUUUUCUUGGCUCUAACUCCUAUCUGGAUCAUAAUAGCUGCCAAACAUCCAGCCACAAGAACAGUUCUCCACUCCGGCUGGGAGCCUGUCAUAACAGCGAUGGUUAUAAGUAGCAUUGGGGGCCUUAUUCUGGACACAACUGUAUCUGAUCCAAACUUGGUUGGGAUUGUUGUUUACACACCAGUUAUUAAUGGUAUUGGUGGUAAUUUGGUGGCCAUUCAGGCUAGCAGGAUUUCUACCUACCUCCAUUUACACAGCAUCCCAGGAGAACUGCCUGAUGAACCCAAAGGUUGUUACUAUCCAUUUAGAACUUUUUUUGGUCCAGGAGUAAAUAAUAAGUCUGCUCAAGUUCUACUGCUCUUAGUGAUACCCGGACAUUUAAUUUUCCUGUACACUAUUCAUCUGAUGAAAAGUGGUCACACUUCUUUAACUGUAAUCUUCGUAGUAGUAUACUUAUUUGCUGCUGUGUUACAGGUGUUUACCUUGCUGUGGAUCGCUGACUGGAUGGUCCAUCAUUUCUGGAGGAAAGGAAAGGACCCGGAUAGCUUCUCCAUCCCCUACCUGACGGCAUUGGGUGAUCUGCUCGGGACUGCCUUGUUAGCCUUAAGUUUUCAUUUUCUUUGGCUUAUUGGAGAUCGAGAUGGAGAUGUUGGAGACUAAUGAAUCCUCGCAAGUUACUGAGAAGGAACACACAAGACAACCACUUAUGACUCUUUUUCAGAAAGUUUAAUCCAGUAGUUUGACUUCUGCCAGGGUGAUCUUCUGUUGGCCCUGAUUCCAUUAAAUGGCCUUAACGUUUUUUAAAGGAGUUUGUGUUGAAACCAGAAUGAACAGUAUCUGUGCUGCUUUUCGUAGAAUAAAUGAUGAUUUGACACAGACAUAGACACAAGCAAGCUCUGAAGUUACUUAAAUAGAAAAGAAUAUUGGAUGUUUACAGUGAGUAAUUUUAAAACCACAGACAAGCAGAGAUGUACUGUAUUCCUGUGUAACUUAUAAAGCCACAUUAAAGGCAACAGAGUUCUGGUUUAGCCUUUCUGGACUAAAUGUGUUAUACUGCAAAGCAAACUGUAAAAUGAAAGAAGCCCAGCCAAGCUUUUAGUAAUUGCAGCUAUGCCCUCUGCUCUGCCAGCUGAGGGUAGAUUUACCAAUUACUUGCUCCUAAUCUGACCUCAGUACGUUCUGCUGAGUAUGAGAUAAACUCCCUUUUACCUGCUUGUACGAAUUUCCCUAUGCCAAUCCUUAAUUUCAACUCUGCAGGUUCUUGGCAGGCUACUCUUUAAAUGUUGAAUGGCCUUUAGUAAAAGCAGUGGGUUAUUUUUGAUCAUUGAUUUGUUGAAUGAACGUUGAUCUUUUUCAGAAGACUUAAUAGUCAAAAACGAGGUAACCUGGAAUUCCUGCUGUGGCGCAGCAGGUUAAGGCUCUGGUACUGUCUCUGUGGCGCAGGUUUAAUCCUCAGCCUCAUGCGGUGGGUUAAGGAUCCAGCUGUGGCUUAGGAGUGCUCUGGCUCGGAUUCCAUCCCUGGCCUGAGAACUUCUGUAUGCCUUGGUUGUGGCCAAAAACAAAACAGAACAACAACCGUAAAAAAAGGAUAACCUGAGCUGCAUUUGUAGAAACAGGAUGGUGUGAGAAAUUGUGUGUAUGUGUCAGGGCAGGGAGUAUAUGUGAGAGAGAAGCAUGUGACAGAGAGCUGAACCUUGGAUUCUUAAUAGCAGAGAUCAUAGUGGAAUAUUAGCAUUCUGCAGUUAUUCUUUAAACACAUUUUAUUGAUAUACUUUUGUCAUUUGGUGCAACAAUUUUGCUACUGCCCAGAAUUUAGUAUUUGUUACCUACAUUAUGAUUCAUACUUUCUUCUUGUUAAAAAAAAAAAAGAGCAAAACUUGUACCAGAGUUCUCUGGUGGCUCAGUGGGCUAAGGAUCCGGUGUUGUCACUGCUGUGGCUCUGGUUACAGCUGCUGCCCCAGGUCCCAUCCCUGGCCUGGGAAUGUCUGCCUGCCGCAGGUGUGGCCAGAAAAGAAAAAAUGUGCUAUUUAAUAUAACCGAGAUAUUAUUAGAUUUUGAAUGAGCACAUGAUUCAUUUGCUCUUCUUAUGUAGUCUGUGGGAACUUUUGGGCUUGCCAUUUUAAGAAAAGUUGGUGGAUGCCUUCACUUACUGCUCACGCCUGUACGUGUCAUCUGUUGGCGCAGGCUGAUUUCUACAUGGGACACUAUCAGGUACACGGCUGUGUUGCUCCAAUACUUGCUAAAACUCUGAUCUCUAUUUCAGACCCUUGACCAACAGCUUAGUUAUUCAAUAGGUAAGCAUUUUCAUAUCACGUAUAGUUCAUCUUUUUCAAAAUGCAGUGUCAUCUCUCAAGACUGUCAGAUGUUUAAUAACAAAACUGAUAAAGGGAAGAAGAAAGGCACAUUGACUUUGAUCCUUGUGGUUUAAGUUGUGAGUUCGUGUUAACAUUAUAUAAAUAGUAGGUUGUUUAUACAUAUAUGGGGGGAAGUGUUCCUAUUAAGCUCUUUAAAACAAGGAGACUUGUUGAGAGUUUUAUAUUUUUGCUUAUUUUAAAACUUUAUUCCAUUCUUCUGCCUUAUCAUGAAGCUACAAAGGCAGAGAACUGAACUAAUUAUAGAAUUUCUCCUUUGGAGAGUUAUAAUGUCAUGUAGUGAACAUUCUUAUAAAAGAAUAAUUCAGUUGAUGACUAUUUAGCUGCAAAGAUUGUUUAUUUUUUAAAAAUCCAUGAAUAAUUUCUUUGAUUUAUUGCAAAGCAUUUAUAAAUUACUUAUUUACACUGGGGCUGUAUGAUUCAUAAGGAUUUAUAUUUCCCAGUGAUUUCUGUUUUGAGUUUUUUAACAUAAAAAGGUGCGCCACAAACCACACUUUGAAAGCAUUUACCAACAACUCUAGUGCAUUACAUAUUCCAAAGCACAUUCAAAUACGUUGUGUUAUUUAGUCCUCGUGACUAACGUACGUGUGAAAUAGGUUAGGUAGACAGUCCAAUCUCUAUUUUACAGCAGAAGAAACUAAAAAGCAGGGAAGUUACAUUUUUAAUGUUGCGCAGCUACAAGUAACCAAAUUGUGACUAAAGCUGAGGUCUCCAAUCUCUUAAGUUGGAAGAGACCUAACUCAUUAACUGAGAGGAAGUCAAUCGGAGAAAAAGGAUUUUCUAAAGUAGAAUAAAGUAUUGCUACAGCUUUAUGAUUUCAUACAGGAAAUCUUCAUUUACUGUAUCUUGAUGGUAAGUCUAGCCAACUCUGAAUUAUUCAUGUUCCUAAAACCAAGGAGAGCAAAGAUAAAUGAAAACUUUAGAAGAAAGAACGAUGCCUUACUUCAUAGACUCUUUACUUGCCAGCACCCUUCCAGAUCUAGCUGGUUUCCAUAGAUUCUAAUAGAUAACUAGGAUGAUUUGAGUUCUGUCCUCUUUCUCUUUUGCUACCCUACCUUGGUUACAGCAUCAAAAUAUCUAAAAGAUGUGUAAUGAAAAAAAAAAAAAGAUGUGAAAAAAGUCACUCAUCAGUUAGCUAAGUUAAUUUAUAAAAGAUUUAAAUUCCAUUUUAAAAUUUUUACUAGUUUUUUGAAAGCCUUUACAUUAGUAUGGAAUCGGUAACUUCCCUUACCUACCCACUAAAAUCAUUUUAGAUCAGACUUAGAUGAAAUGAAUUCACAAUAUUUAUUUUCAUACAAUGUCAGUUUGCUUUCUAAACUUAUUCCUUUCACUCAUUUAUCAGCCACUUUAAACACAGAUAAUCUUUUCAAAAACAUUUCUAUUUUUGCCCACCAAUCAUUUUUUUCUUUAAAAGAUAAAAUUUCAUAGAACUUAAUAAAAUGGAAACUGAUGGUAAUGUAUCUUCUGGGAGACAUCAGAAAUUCCAUGGCAUAGACUAUCAAUGAUAUAGGCAAAUGAAGUACAUUUUUAAAGGUCUUUUGGUAAUUGGGGUUCCUUGCCUUAUCAUAUAGCUCUGGUAUAGCAUACCCAUUUAUAAUGGGCACCUGCCAUCUCUGAAUUGUUGUAAAUGCACAUAAGAAUAAAACUUAACCUAUUUACCCAGACUUGUUGUACUUACUUCUUGAUAAGCUAGAUGAACAUUGAACCUGUGUGAAAUUCACCCAGCAGAGACUGGGUGAUCCAUGUUUGUGUGUUGUAUUUAUGAGCAUAAUAAAUUGGGCUUUGAUCAGA